GAAGAUCCCCUCCUCUGGCCCACCCCUUCCCCUUUUCCCUCUCUCCUCCCCCCGAACUUUCCCUCUCGCAUGCUUUUCCCCUGCACCACGGAUCGCCUCUCGGAUGCCGCUCGCCUGGAAGCUGCGUUAGGAGAGAGCGGCGGCGGCGGCGGCGGUGGCGGCGGCGGCAGCUCGGGAGUGCUAUGACCGGCAAACUCGCCGAGAAGCUGCCGGUGACCAUGAGCAGUUUGCUAAACCAACUGCCUGACAAUCUGUACCCCGAGGAGAUCCCCAGCGCACUCAACCUCUUCUCCGGCAGCAGCGAUUCCGUAGCCCAUUACAAUCAGAUGGCUACAGAGAAUGUGAUGGACAUCGGCCUGACCAACGAGAAGCCCAACCCGGAACUCUCUUAUUCGGGCUCCUUUCAGCCAGCUCCUGGCAACAAGACCGUGACCUACUUGGGAAAGUUCGCCUUCGACUCCCCUUCUAACUGGUGCCAGGACAACAUCAUUAGCCUCAUGAGCGCCGGCAUCUUGGGGGUGCCCCCGGCCUCAGGGGCACUCAGCACGCAGACCUCCACGGCCAGCAUGGUACAGCCACCUCAGGGCGACGUGGAGGCCAUGUACCCGGCGCUACCCCCCUAUUCUAACUGCAGCGAUCUCUACUCAGAGCCUGUGUCUUUCCACGACCCCCAGGGCAACCCUGGGCUCGCCUAUUCCCCCCAGGAUUAUCAAUCGGCCAAGCCGGCCUUGGACAGCAAUCUCUUCCCCAUGAUUCCUGACUACAAUCUCUACCACCACCCCAGCGACAUGGGCUCUAUUCCGGAGCACAAGCCCUUCCAGGGCAUGGACCCCAUCCGAGUCAACCCGCCCCCUAUCACCCCCCUGGAGACCAUCAAGGCAUUCAAAGACAAGCAGACCCACCCAGGCUUCGGCAGCCUGCCGCAGCCGCCGCUCACACUCAAGCCCAUCCGGCCCCGCAAGUACCCCAACCGACCCAGCAAGACCCCACUCCACGAGCGGCCCCACGCGUGUCCGGCGGAGGGCUGCGACCGCCGUUUCAGCCGCUCGGACGAGCUGACGCGGCACCUGCGCAUCCACACGGGCCACAAGCCCUUCCAGUGCCGGAUCUGCAUGCGGAGCUUCAGCCGCAGCGACCACCUCACCACUCACAUCCGCACGCAUACGGGCGAGAAGCCCUUUGCCUGCGAGUUCUGCGGGCGCAAGUUCGCGCGCAGCGACGAGCGCAAGCGCCACGCCAAGAUCCACCUCAAGCAAAAGGAGAAGAAGGCGGAGAAGGGCGUGGCGCCUUCUGCGUCCUCCGCGCCCCCCGUGACCCUGGCCCCCGUGGUCACCACCUGUGCCUGAGGCUCGGGCCCCCAGAUUCCCACAUUUCCCCUCCAGUGUCUCCCUGCUGCUGCCCUAAAGCAGCGGGAGAGCUCGCCACGGAGGCGCAGGGGCCGCACUUGGGCCUCUCCAUGGACGUAAGGCUCCUCGUCACUCUUGGACGUCCCCGGUUUCCACCCUUUCACACCGGCCAACUGUCGGGGGCCAGGGCAGGAGGCGCCUGCCUCUCGCUGUCUCCCACCCCC